AUGUUUGUCCUUCUAGAAGGUUCUCCUCUCUCCACACUGCAACACUGGAGCUCUGUGAAAGUGAUUAUCGGGUUCUUCGUCACCUCCCUAACUAAGGUCCUGACCACUCAGAUUGGUGGGGCGGGCAACUCUAAGAAGAGCCCUGCCAGAGUUACACAGGGUCUUAGUGAAAAGGUAUCCAGCUGCUGUGAACUGAAGGCUUACAACCCAGUGAAUGAAAUAUGUUGCCAGUCAGCCAUCAUAGCAAAACCUUCACCAAUGGCUGAGUGUUGUGGUAAAGGGGCGUAUGAUGUGGAAAAGGAGCUGUGUUGUGGUCCAAUUAGUGAUAAGAAGAUCCUGACAAGGAACUCCCCAGAUCACGUGUGCUGUCAUCAAGGCCAGUUCAACAGCAAGACUGAGUGUUGCUGCUGGCAGGAUGAUGGUGCUGAGAUACAACCGAGGAAUUCAUCUUGCUGUAUGCAACAAGAGGUCUGCUGUGAUGGAUGUAUGUCUGCGUGGAAGCCUUGGAUGGAUCCGUGCUGUGGAGAGACGCCGUACGGCUCGGGACAACGUGGAGUUCUCUGUUGUAAUAACACCUUGUACGAGGACAGAGACGAUGGAGAGGAAUGUUCAGAGAUGGGUAUUCCUUACAACCCGGCCAAAGGGACUAUAUGUUGUUCUCAGUUUCACGGCAGCCCGGGACAACACUGCUGUGGGACAGAAAUUUACCGGCCUGAUGUUGAGGUUUGCUGCAAUGGACACAGACAUCCCAAAUCAGAAAACAUUCACUGCUGUGGGGUCAAACCCUACAACAUUAAAGACCCAAAGGUGAAGUGUUGUGCAGUAACACUGUACAAUCUGACUUCAUUACAUAAGCAUGGAGGGGAUGUGCAAUGCUGCGGAUCCACUCUGCAAGACCCACAGGACAUUUGCUGCUCAAGUGAGGAGGAAGAGGUGAUCUUCUCUGCUAAGACAGGGUUUAGAUGCUGUGGUCACCUCUAUUACAAGACCACCUUGUGGUCAUGCUGUGCUGGGAGGCUGAGAUCAAUCCAUGAACCAGGACAGGGUCAAAGAAAGAUGAUUAAUGUUGAGUCUCAGCAGAGCGUUGUGUUUGGGAAUGUGCUGACGGUUCAUGGUAUGGAGACCGAAGCUCUGCCUUUUCCUUACAUCCUGGAAACAGAUGAUCGCUGCAGCUUCCCUAAACUGAUUCUUGGGAAGACCUACUUCUUUAACAAAGUUAAUGUUUUCACUGAUUUCAAUCAUGACUCUGUUCUUCAGUCACUCCAUUUCGUUCUUUCCAAAUGUUCACCUUAG